AUGAGGAAUGACGUGGAAUACUUACAUACGUACACAACACAAGUAGCAGUGUGCUUGAUAGGAAACGACGAGAAGGGUCAGAGGAUGCAUGCAUGGAGUUGGCGCCGUAAAUCCGAGAAAAAGGAAAUAUGGAGGGAGAGUAAAACCGAAAACACAGUAACACAAAGUGCUCAUAAAUCACCACGUCGUCAGACAAGUGGGGAACUGCCCUCCAAAAGGGUUGUGCAUGUUUAUGACGAAGAGAGUGAUUGGUGUGAGUGA